AUGACAAACCCAAAUUCGACACCACCAUUUUCAUUUGUUACACCUUAUACUACAAAUGAACAAAAUUAUUAUCAACAACAACAACGACAAUAUACAACACCAACAAUGCCACCAAGUUAUCCGUAUGGUGAUCCAACUGCUGCUAAAAUGUUUACAUAUCCAGUUUAUGCACAAGCCUAUGCAAUAGCAGCACAAAAUUCAAAAGAAAUGACCAAACCACCAUUUUCAUACAUUGCACUAAUUACAGCUGCCAUUCAAAAUAGUCCGGAUGGAAAAGUAACAUUAAAUGGAAUUUACCAAUUUAUCAUGGACAAAUACCCGUAUUACAGAGAAAAUAAACAAGGUUGGCAAAAUAGUAUCAGACAUAAUCUAAGUAGCUAUUGGACGUUGGAUCCCGAGAGUUAUAAUAUGUUCGACAAUGGCUCAUAUUUACGUCGUCGUCGACGAUUUAAACGAAAUGAACAGCAAUUGAAAAAAGAAUUAAAAGAUGCUCAAGCAAAUCAUCAACACCAUCUUAAUCAAGUUGCACCGCAAGUACAUCAGCAACAACAACAGCAACAAUAUAGUAGGAAUCAAAAACAUCAACAGAUAAGUCCAACCAAUAGCCGUGGUGGCACUGAAUAUCGUACAAAAAACAGUCGAUGUAGAAAUGAAACAAGAUCAACGAACGCAGGUGGAAAAGACACGAAUGAAAAUAAUUGUUCGGAACAAUCGAAUAAAAAAGUAAAAGAAAUUGUUAUUAAUAAUAAGUUACGGGAGAAAGUGGUAGCGGAUCACUUUGUGAAGCAAUACUCAUAAUUCUAAUCGUUUGCGUU